AUGCAGUCUAUCAGACUAUUGAAUUUGCUACCAAGUGGAAGUGUGAUUGCAUGUUCAUUACGACUAGUUAGUACGACAAAUUCGUCACCACCACAUAAUCCCGAUAGUAAAACUCAGAAAACUGUAGAAUCUAUUAAAAAUGAAAAGAACAAGUCUACGGGAACUAUCUACAAUGUACCAGAGUACUAUGAACAUAAAACAUUCGGUUUUUACGACUUGGAGAUACAACUAAAAGGAUUUCGAUUACCACAACCUAAUCCUUCAUGAUCUUAUUAGUUUACAAUUGUUUAAAACAUAUAAUUGUAUAAUGUAGUAUAUAAAGAAAUUAAUAAUGUACCAGGCACACGG